UAAUUUUCUGCAUUUGCUGCGAACAAGCAUGGCUUCUGCAUUCAACCUACUGCUCUUCUUUCUCGUCUGUAGCAUCUUUUGCAGCACUUGGCCGACAGCCUCCGGUGGCGUUCCAGACCAUGCAGUGGUGGAGAAGUUCGAGAGGUGGAUGGCCAAGUAUGGGCGCGCCUACAAGAACAUGAUCGAGAAGUCGUACCGCCUCGGUGUGUUCGCCAAGAACUUGAAGUACGUGGACGCCUUCAGCAAAUCCGGCCGACGCAACUACACCAUCGGCCUUAACCAGUUCGCAGACCUCACCAACGAAGAAUUCAUGGCGACCCACACUGGACUCAGGCGACCCAACGCCGCCUCCAAGCCACCGGCCUCACCCUGCUCGUACCAGAACGUGACCGGUGUUCCCAGUAGCGUCGACUGGCGGAGACGAGGUGCAGUAUCUCCGGUGAAGUACCAAGGUUCCUGUGGAUCUUGCUGGGCGUUCUCCAGUGUAGCUGCGAUAGAAGGAAUCACCAAGAUCAAGAAGAUGAAGUUGAUGGAUCUGUCGGAGCAAGAGCUCGUCGACUGCGUCUCCUCCAAUUUCGGCUGCAACGGUGGGUGGAUGAACAACGCCUUCGCCUUCGUCGUCUUAACGGGAGGCAUCACCACCGAAGCCAAGUACCCGUACGUAGGAUACCAGCGAGGCUGCGACUUCGAGAAGCUCUCGCAUCACGCGGCCUCCAUCGCCGGAUACCAAGACGUCCCGGCGAACGACGAGGGAGCACUCAUGGCGGCGGUGUCGCACCAACCUGUGUCGGUAGCCAUCGAUGCCGGUGGACUCGACUUCCAGUUGUACACAGGUGGGAUCUUUAGCGGGCCUUGUGGGACUGACCUUAACCAUGCGGUCACUGUUGUGGGAUACGGGAAAGAUGGGCGUGGGAUCAAGUAUUGGAUAGCGAAGAAUUCAUGGAGCAGCAAUUGGGGUGACCAUGGUUACAUACUGAUGAAGAAGGAUGUCGCCGCGAAGGAAGGACUCUGUGGUAUCGCCAUGGCUGCUUCUUACCCAACCGUGUGAGAUACAGAAGAGCUAUGUCACGCCCAACCUUAUCUAAUUAUGGACUCUGUAUUUUACCUUUUGAAUAAAGCUAUGAAUAUGUAGUGGCAAAAAUCAUUUAUGUUGAGAAUUUGGAU